GUCCCUUUGGAGAAGUCAGGCUUGACUUCCGUCGACGAUCUACAAGGUUGCGUAUUUACUAGAUUACACGACUCGUAGAGACGGCGACUGAUUGAACCCUUAAAAUAUUUUCUAAAAUGAAGAUCAUAGGAGCUGGACUGCCUAAAACAGGCACCAAGUCUUUAGCGAGUGCUUUGAGGCAUCUUGGCUAUAAUGUGCAUGACCGCCCAGAGCAAGUUCAGUUUCACUGUGAUGAAUAUAUUGCUGCUUUCGAAGGACAGAUGCCAAACUUUGAAGAAAUGUACGAAAAUGUCGAUGCCACAACAGAUGUCCCGGCAUGUUUAUUUUACAAAGAGAUCUUCAGAGCUUUUCCUGAUGCCAAGGUUAUUUUGUCAGUUCGAGAUGAUGAGGAAUCCUGGCGCAGAAGUUUUCUGAAGACUCUAGAAGUUCUUUCGUCUAUGAUUAACAAUCCUUUAAUAAUUCUAGGUAUGCUUCUAACACCAAGUGGUAGAAAAUUCAGUCGCUUUCGGCAUAACCUUAUAAAGUAUGUCGAGAAUGAACUUGACUACAAGAAGCACAAUGAUGCCGUCAUGGCAAACAUCCCGGCGAAGCAACUGCUUGUGUUCAACCCCAAGGACGGGUGGGAGCCGCUAUGCGCCUUCCUGGGUGCUGAAGUGCCCGCUAUUCCAUACCCUCGAGUAAACGUGAAUUCCACUGCCAUACCAAGUAUAUUUAAGAACAGUUGGCACGUGCGACGAAUGAAGAGAGAGCUAGCGGUGAUGAUGACGGUGUUUGUAGUGUUACUUGGCUGCACAUGCGCGUUGCUUUUGUUGCCAUCUUCAGUUUGAAAUACACAAAAUAUUGCCCG